UCACUUUCCCCAGGCGAACGCUGCGAGCCGAGCGCAGGUUUAUCAAUUCGGAACAAAACCACGUUGCUUUUAACACCGUUCUACGGAAAAGCCACGAGACAAAACUGCAGCUCUUGGAUCGCCAGAAUUAGCUGAGCAACAAUCCGUGAAAACCGGGAACAGUCAAUGAACGUGUAACUGUCCCAGCCAGAGGGAUGAAGUCUGACCACACCCGGCAGAUAUUAAACUUCUCAGAAGACCCAAUCAGAUCAAGUUACAGUGAAGAUGAAAGUUCUUUCGUUCUGUCCUAGCUCUGCAGUGAGCGCCUCUCUGCCUAAUUUGAUCAUUUUCUUCAUUACUUAUCACAUUCACAAGCUGGAAUCAGCCCAGUUCAGCGUGAUUGGUCCUGGCCACCCUGUCACUGCCAUUGUGGGUGAGGCCAUUGUGUUACCCUGUCACCUGUCCCCCAGGAUGAGUGCUGUGAACAUGGAGGUGAGGUGGUUCCGAUCUCAGUUCUCUGCAGUUGUGCAUCUGUACCUUGAUGGACAGGAUCAGUAUAGAGAGCAGAUGCCAGACUAUGAUGGAAGGACAGAGCUUUUGAAAGAUGGCAUCACGGAUGGGAAUGUUUCCUUGCAGAUUCUUAAUAUCAGACGCUCAGAUGAAGGACAAUACCACUGCUUUGUUAAAGAUGAUCUUUUUUAUGAAGAAGCCAUAUUGGAACUGAAGGUAGCAGCUUUGGGCUCCAAUCCUCUCAUCUCUGUGAUGAGUCACCAGGAUGGAGGGAUCCGGGUUGUUUGUCAAUCGGCUGGAUGGUAUCCAGAGCCCAAGGUGCUAUGGAGAGAUCGCAGUGGUCAAGAAUUACCAUCGCUCUCUGAAGCAAAAUCCCUAGGGGAUAGUGGCCUGUUUGAAACAGAAAAUUCUAUUAUUAUAAAAGAAUGUUCAAACCAGAACCUGUCCUGUUGCCUCAGGAACACCGUUCUCAAUCAAGAAAAGGAAUCAACAGUUUAUAUAGCAGAUUUCUUUUUCCCGAGGGUGAAUCCAUGGAUGGUGGCUCUGAGUGUGAUUCUCCUGGUUUUGUUUGGUUUCAUUGUCCUCUCUGUUUAUCUAUUUAAAAUAAAAGGGAAACAUCUUGGAAAAAUCAAUGAUCUUCAACGAGAACUUGACUGGAGAAGAAACAUCAUCUGCCCAG